GGCCAUGUCUAGAAGGUGACCUUAGUGUCGCGUCAAAUCUCGCGAGAGGUCCGAGUUGCGGUUGAAAUGAACGCCUCGCUCCGAGUCCUUUCGCAAAUCUCGCGAGAUUACAUUGUAGCCGUAAACCCGAGGGCCAGCGCUACGCAAGAUCACACAGAUGCGGAUCAGAGCAUGGAAGGACACACUCCUGUCGCAGAAAAUCCCCACGCAGAGUACGGCCUCACGGAAAACAUCCAGAGAAUAGUGGAGAGCGAGAAGGCCAACGCUGACAAAGUGCCCAAACAGAAGGUGGAUCUCCAGACGCUACAGACUCUCCCGACGCGAGCGUAUCUGGAUCAGACGGUGGUGCCCAUUCUGCUCCAGGGCCUCUCCGUGCUCGCCAAGGAACGGCCUCCAAAUCCGAUCGAGUUUUUAGCGACAUUCCUCCUGAAGAACAAGUCGCAGUUUGAGGACCGGAGUUAAGCUGAAGGAUCGAUGAAGCCUCUGAUCGAAACGCAACCUUGUCACUUGUUCAAAUGUUUGCCGACUGUUAGUUUUUUUUUGUUUGUUUGUUUGUUAGUUUUUUUUUUUAACACUUGAUUAAAAAUGUUACAGCAGAAACACGA